UGUUCGCAUGUGCGACGAAAGCAGUGUGUCGUACAUAAACAGGCGUGGGUUCAAAGAAAACCAACAAACAUGGCGGCUGUUGCAGCUGCAAAAGUUCAAGAGGUCAGGGAGAUUACUAGAAUAGAAAGAAUCGGAGCCCAUUCCCACAUUAGAGGCUUAGGAUUAGACGAUAGCUUGGAACCUCGUAAUAUCUCUCAGGGCAUGGUUGGUCAGCUCAUGGCACGUCGCGCGGCCGGUGUUGUUUUGGAAAUGAUCAAAGAUGGUAAGAUAGCAGGACGCGCUGUAUUGUUAGCAGGCCAACCUGGUACUGGGAAGACUGCCAUUGCUAUGGCAAUGGCGCAAGCUUUAGGAUUGGAUACUCCGUUCACUUCGAUGGCAGGUUCUGAAAUAUACUCAUUGGAGAUGAGUAAAACAGAAGCUUUGACACAGGCUAUCAGAAAGUCUAUAGGUGUCAGGAUCAAAGAGGAAACGGAAAUUAUAGAGGGCGAGGUCGUUGAAAUCCAGGUGGAUAGACCGGCUACGGGAAUCGGUGCCAAAGUUGGUAAAUUAACGUUGAAAACGACGGAGAUGGAAACGAUCUACGAUUUGGGAAAUAAAAUGAUCGAUAGUUUAAUGAAGGAGAAAGUACAAGCGGGUGACGUAAUUACCAUCGAUAAGGCUACGGGAAAAAUUAACAGACUCGGACGGUCGUUCACCAGGGCUCGCGAUUACGACGCUACCGGUUCCCAGACACGUUUUGUACAAUGCCCAGAGGGUGAAUUGCAGAAACGCAAAGAGGUGGUUCACACAGUAACGUUGCACGAAGUAGACGUUAUAAACAGUAGAACACACGGGUUCCUGGCUUUGUUCUCCGGCGACACGGGGGAGAUCAAGUCGGAAGUACGGGAUCAAAUAAAUGCGAAAGUUGCCGAAUGGCGGGAAGAGGGCAAGGCGGAAAUCGUCCCGGGUGUCCUCUUCAUCGACGAGGUUCACAUGCUCGACAUCGAAUGCUUCUCGUUCUUGAAUCGAGCGCUCGAAAACGAAAUGGCACCUGUUGUGAUUAUGGCUACAAACAGAGGUGUUACAAGGAUCAGAGGAACGAACUAUAAAAGUCCACACGGUAUUCCUAUUGAUUUAUUGGACCGUAUGAUCAUUGUUCCGACGACUCCGUACCAAGAAAAGGAAUUAAGAGAAAUUUUGUACAUAAGGUGCGAAGAAGAGGACUGCGAAAUGGCUGACGAUGCUUUAACGGUACUUACAAGAAUCGCGUUAGAAACGUCGUUGAGAUACGCGAUUCAAUUAAUUACAACCGCGUCUCUUGUCUGUCGACGAAGGAAGAGUACCAAGGUGAAUAUCGACGAUGUGAAACGCGUCUAUUCGCUGUUUCUCGAUGAAAAUAGAUCUACGCAAUUUCUAAAAGAAUAUCAGGAUGAUUUCAUGUUCAACGAAACACCCGAAGAAGCCAUGGAAAUAUCGUAACGGUAGAUAGAUAAAUUAUUCGUUUUAAUUACCUGCCAGUUCGUUGAUACGUUGCAAUUUCUUGCUUUCGAAUUCCAUAAUGUUCCUUUGAAAUAUCAGCGAG